AUGUUCUUGGGCAGGUGGGGGAGUGUUGUUGUCGUUCCUUCCCUUCUUUGUUGUCGCUCUGAGGGAGGUGGAGUUGACGCUCCGGGCUAUCACGUGCGAUCACCAUCUGAAGAUGCUACCAGCCACUGCACCGCCUUCGAGAACGCCACGCCAUGA